AUGUCUUUAAUUUUAGCUAUUGGUUUGGUACCAGACAGUUACCCGGCUAAUAUGCAGCCAGGAUGGGGACAUUACUCCAUUGGAUAUCAUGCGCACGAUGGCUGUCUAUACCACCAAUAUGGAAGAGGAAUUCAGUUUGGACCAAAAUGUCGCGAUGGUGACAAGAUUGGUUGCUGUAUAUAUCUGGAGCUUUUCCGGCGUGGUAAAAAUGUUGAGACGGUUGUCAAUGCCAUUAAGACCAGGAACGGCACAAAGGUUGGAGAGAAGAAACUUAGCACCGGUCCCCUUUUCAAUCUAUAUCCUGCUGUAGGGAUGCAUUCUCCCGGAGAGAAGGUCAAAGUAAUAUUCCAUACAGGACUGCCUGCAUCGAUAAAACGAUAUACUAAAAUACAUUAAAUACGAGGCUGUUGACAACGUUAAUGAAUGUUUAAUGAUAUUGGAUGUUAUCUAUAUCUUGAAAAGUUCAAUGAGGGAUACCGUUCUAAAUAUCUUUUAACGAGUUAGAUUUUUUUUUCUCGUUGACUUGGACAUAAAUCUGUCCAUUUGCGCAGAAUGUGAACAAUUUUCUGUUAUCUACUGCGUAGUCAAAGAAGUACUCAAAUUUACUCUUACGCUAAAGUAAGAAGUAAGGUACACUGUAUUUAAACAUAUUCAUGUGAAUGUGUUUUCUUAUUAUACCGAAUGAAAUAUCAAUUGUGAUAACACUUAAUUGGACAAAAUUCUUGUUUUACCAGUUCAAAGAACUCAAGAAAUAGUCAUCAAUUGUUAUUGAUUAAAAAGCAUACACAGCUAAAAAUAGAAUAAAUUGCUGAUAAAACUGACAUUAUCAUAGGUUAGGUUGUCCCUCCGGCAUAUCAUUAGCACUGAUUAAUUUCUGUUUAAAGAAGGAAUUAAGAACGUAUGCUAUUUGUUCUUGCUAAUAAACACUUUGAUUGUCUAAAUAAUUGAAUAGAAAUACCGUGGGUUAAAAAACAGUUGUGUCCUUGACAAAAAAAACGAAUAAAAAGGAUUCUCUGAAACUAUUAGUGGCGUAGAAACCUAUGUACAUUACUUUGAAUAUGUUCGCAAAAUGAAUAACUAUUUUGGAGACCAGUCAUUGCCUAUUAUUUUAGAGCUGUACGAAAAGCUUUUUAAUGAAAAUCAUAUACUCUACAUGGUCCUGCUUUCAAAGUUAUUGUCACAACAAGAAAAGAAUGUCACCGUUAAGCACUUUGCAACUUCAUGUAACAAAAGUUGAACACAUAUUUUAUUAAUAAGCGUCCAAAGAAAGGUAUGGCAAGAAUUUGCUUGCACAGUAACGAUUCGUUGCUUCGUCGCACAGGACAGGACUUAUAUCAGACUUGUAAGUGCAAAAUGAAGUAAGAUUAUUACAGGCUAGAGCAUUGUCAAGAAUAGAAAGGUACCCACAACUCGUGCUUCUUUGGAAGCUAUUUUUGCAACUACAUGUACUACUACUACUUGUACUCAUUUCGAGACUUUUAUUUCCUUUCCUUUCGGAGAGUCCAAAGCUUCGCACGUGCAUGUUUCUUGCAUGUCAGGACAGAGUGUCCUAAGU